AUGACUCUCACAACGCCUACGGAUAGCUUUGCAAUAUCCUUCCUCCCUCAACUCCUGCUUGCAAAACCAUACACCCUCGCUUUUGCAAUCAUCGCGCUUCCAAUCCUAUCAGUGCUUGUCCACGACAUCUUAUUAUUCCUCCGCCUCCCCCCUGGACCAAUACCUCUUCCCUUCCUCGGCAACCAACUAAUAAUCCCAACAUCAUCACCAUGGAUCCAAUUCGAGAAAUGGGCUCAACAAUACGGUCCAAUAUUCACGCUGUGGAUUGGCCGCCGUCCCACAAUUGUGAUAUCUGACCCGAAUGUGGCGGUAGACCUCCUCGAAAAACGGAGCACCAAGUUCAGCUCCCGCCCCCGCUUCGUGGUAAUGGGAGAACUAUAUUGGGACAAUGCGGGUAUUUUGGUGCAGCCUUAUGGAAAGGAAUGGCAAAUAAGACGACGGAUGCUUCAUCAGGCGCUGAACCCCUCCGCACUCCGCCUGUACAAGCCUGUGCAAGAGGCCGAGGCAACGAGGUUGUGUGCUGCCCUGCUUGAUAGGCCGGAGUCAUACGAGAUGCUCAUCGACCGGUUCACGGCAAGUGUAGUGUUUAGCAUCGCCUACGGUCAUCGGAUAGAUUCUAUGAGCUCUAAGGUCAUUCGCGAAAGACUUGACUUUAUGCAAUAUUCGGCAUCCCUCAAUGUACCAGGCCGGUUCCUCGCUGAGACAAUUCCCUGGCUCAAGCAUGUGCCAAAUAUUCUUGCGCCAUGGAAAGCAGAGAUUCAACGCCGAGGCCGUGAAGAGGCUGCUACGAAUAUAAGUCUUGUUCGGCGUGUCCAGGAUGAAAUCAAGAAUUCUGACCAGGUCCCCGACUCUCUGACAAAAUUGCUUCUUGAAGCACGCGAGUCUGACCCUGCUUCUUUUGGCGUCCUCAGUGAACGGGACUUCUCGUUUGUGCCUGCGUCACUCUUUGGAGCUGGCAGUGACACAACGGCUAGUACGCUCUGCAGCGCAAUCCUUAUGCUAGUGACAAACCCAGGCGUUCAAGCCAUUGCGCAUGCAGAACUCGAUCACGUAAUUGGAACCUCCCAAUUACCACGGUUCAGUGAUGAGGCGAAUAUGCCAUAUAUCAAGGCACUUUGCAAUGAGACGCUUCGAAUCCGCCCCGUGGCCGGCACGACAAUUCUCUCCAACUCAUGGGCUAUUAAUCUCAACCCAAUUUAUUACCCGAACCCCCACCACUUCAACCCACUCCGCUUCCUGUCCGUCGAUCCAGCCAUACUGCCGUAUCUCCCUUCCCUGUCAGAAGAGGACAUCGCCGAGGCAUCACCACCAAGGCCUCAUCCUGCUAAGGAAGGUCAUAGCUCCUUUGGAUGGGGCCGACGUAUUUGUCCUGGUGCCGGACUGGCGCAGAACUCCUUGUUCAUUGCACUGGCACGCCUGCUGUGGGCAUUUGAAAUUCGGCCGGCGAAAAAUCCCGACGGGUCUGAGAGAAGCUAUGAUACUUUUGACUAUACGCAGGGGUUCAAUAUACGACCCUUUCCAUUUAAAUGUGAGAUUCGGGUAAGGAGCGAGGCACAUCGACGGAUUUUGAGGGAGGAGCUGGAGGACGCUGAAGCGGUUAUGAGUCGAUUCCCUCCAUUUGAAGAGUAA